UCGAAGUUCCAUUAAUCCUGUGUAAUGCCAUCUAUCUAACUGGUCUGCAUCAAGCUACAUCCCAUACCUGCACUCUUGACAUGCGGCACUCUGCGGCACUUUCACACAUGCAACGCACGAAACUUCUGGCUUCCAGCGUUUGUACAGGAGUAAUGUUGAGAUAUACUCUUUUUAUCCGGUAAAGACUGCUGAUUGUUCAACGUGGAACCCGGAUCCUGUAUGCACGCCUAUCAUAGCAUCAAUUCUUUUUUCGAACUGAAGUCUGGAGAAAUUGCAGGAGAACAUUCUCUGAAAUUUCCUGUCAAGCGAACGGAACAAUCCUCAUGUCAAUCUGAUAUCACUGAUAAAGAUAUCGCGUUAUGUAUAAAAGAGUUGGAGUUGGAAAAACAAAUUCGCGCACCGCUCCAGAAUGAACGAACAACCCACCGGGAGGUAUUACGCUUCAAAGCAGUAUCUUCUACCAGCCGACAAUGUUGAGACUCAAAGGUUGAACACUCAACAUAACAUGAUUGUCAAUGCGUUCGGGGGUAAACUUUUUGUGGCACCGACAAACCUCACCACUGGAGACCGUGUUUUAGAAAGCGCAGCAGGAAGCGGAAUCUGGGCCCUCGAGUUCUUCGAAAAAAAUCGUACAGAAGGCGUAACACUCGAUAUCGAAUGCAUUGACAUCUCUUCAGCACAAUUCCCUUCCACCCAUCCAUCCGAAGUUCACUUCUCCGUCAACUCCGUCGUCAAUCUCCCUAAUCCUGACUGGACUGACACGUUUUCCUUUGCCCAUCAACGCCUCUUGGUCGCUGCAAUGAACGACACACUCUGGCGUUCAGCUGUCGCCGAGUUGUUCAGAGUUGUCAAGCCAGGAGGUUGGGUUGAGCUGGUCGAGAUUGAGGCGCAGGAUUUCAGUACCUGGAGUGUUGGACCGAAUUCAACGAAAUUAGCAUCCUUGAUCAAUGCGCUGUAUGGAGGGAAAGGAGUUAUCGGAGAUCUUUCAGUUUAUCUCCCGGUAAUUCUCAAGGAGGCUGGGUUUGUGAAUGUUCAGUGCGAUCCAAGACGGGUGACGAUUGGUGGGGAGGUGGAUGCUACCCCACACAAGAUUACUGAGGUGAAAGGUUAUGGCAGUAAUAUGUGGCGCGAUCUUUGGAUGAGUAUGAAGGGACCCGUGAUUGAAGCAGGAGGUUACGGUGCCGUAGACACUGUCGAAGAAUAUGAGGCCCUUGUACAAGGCACGGAGGUUGAGUUGAAAAAUUCCAAGGAAGCAUACACCACCUUCUUUGCAAUCUUGGCCCGCAAGCCUGAAAACACCUAGAGUCUAUACCUCGUAUUUUCUAGAUGUACGUCGAUGUUCGAGUCGCAAUGAAAUCGGUGUGGACCAAAAGUGCAGGCCCCUGCGGGACCCACACAACAAAACACCCUAUAUUAUUCUACAGACUCCUGGCUCAACUGACUUGGAUGUACGGGAUUCCCACUCAUUUUGGAGAGAGAGAGAGAGAG